AUUUGCGUCAAGGUUACAAACAUACUUAGGUGUAUAUAAACGAAGGCUGUAGCAAAACUCAUCACUUACCGAAGAGAUUUCAUCAAUGAAGGUAUUCCACGUCACUCUCCUCAUCGUCGGUUUGGUCGCUAGUGCUUCUUCUUCAUCGAAGAAUGUCGUCGACAACCUGAAGGACACUCUCGAAGAAGACAUACGGGGAAUCAGGACUCGCUCGAAGGAGUUGAUCCAACUAGUAUAUAAGCACCUUCAGGAUGAUGUUCCUGCUUUCAUGAAGAACCCACUUACAGAUUCGACAACACUCAUCAAUCACGUCACCGAUGAUGCCAACGCGGUUAUCGUGUCAGCCACCUCCGACAUCAGAACAAUGAAAUACCACGUCGAGGUGGCCAUAAAUGAAUUGAAACCAAUGGACAUCGUAUUGGAGGAGAUUUUGAACAAACUAUUGCAACAGCUAGAUGAUGAAGGAAGGGAUGCCGCUGUGAAAAAAGACCAACUUCUGAAGCAGGCCUCUUCCCAUGCUUUUGCAGAUGCCUGGCUAGUUUAUAACAAAGGUGCGGAUGCUGCCCGUGAGACCGUUUUGGGUCACGUGAACGAAGACUUUAACUUUUAUGUCACCAACGUAAGGAACUUUAUUGACCAAGUCGAGAAAUAUGUCUCAGUUGCUAUGAUAAAACUCCAACAAGUGGUUUCUUAAUAAGGUGUUUCGUAGUUGUUCCAGCGAUUGUAAAACAACAUGAGGAAUGCAAAUAUAACUGAUUGAUAUUUGACAA